UCAGUUCAGAGUGCGCCGCGGACGUUGCCGCCAUGACGCUCGAGGCAAAGUAACCGCGCUUGGCGGGAGCCGGGAUUGGGGCUUUUCGCCGCGGAGUCGGACACGAUGCCUAAAGCCUGCUCGGCCGUUAACUGUCCCAACCGGGACACGCGGGAGAACCGGGCCAAGGGCCUCUCAUUCCACAGCUUCCCCAAAGCCCAUGAACUGAGGAAGAAGUGGAUGUUGGCUGUGAAUCGCAUUGAGCCAGGCUCCAGGAAGCUGUGGAUCCCAGGCUCAGGCGCCUGCAUCUGCUCAGAUCAUUUCUUCCAGGAUGAGUUCGAGGUGUAUGGAGGACAGAAAAGGCUGAAGGCGGGCGUGAUCCCCUCCGUGUUCUCCUUCAAGGAACCAACAAAAGGGAAACAUCCAUCAAAGUCUGUCAAAACCAUGGGCAUCAGUUGGCCAGUGGCUAGUAUCAGCGAAGCUACUCCAGCAGCUGACUCAUCUCCUGCACAAGCCAAAGCAGUGGAACUCAUCCAAGCGGAGCAUCAGUAUAGCCUGAGUGAAGCUAUGGGCAGCAGAACCAAGUCUCUGAUCCCCACCGGCCCAGUGCAGGGGACUGAACGGGAGCAGGACGCAGCCCAGCGCCGCCUCUCCUAUUAUCAGCAGGAGCUGUGGAGUGUGCUGGAGAGCCUGCGGGAGCAGCAUCUCCUCCAGAAGGACAUGGAACACAUGCUGCGCUCCCAGUUCAGCGCAGACCUGCAGCUCACUUUGCAGUGUGAGGGAUCCCUGAGCGAGAACUACCCAGCUGCCACCCGCAACUUUGCCGUCUCGCUGCAUUUGUUCUCAGCCAAGGCCUAUGAAUUUGUGAAGAAGACAUUCCAGCUCCCAGAGGCCACCACCCUUUGCACGUGGCUCUCAAACCUGGAUUACAAGCCGGGAUUCAGCCAACAAGCCUUCGAUGCUCUGGCAGAGAGAUCUCAAGCAGGGGAGAAAACCUUCAAGUUGUGCUCUCUCCUUAUGGGCUCAAUCCCUUUGGAAAGAAGAAGCCACUAUGACCCUUCCACUGGGCAUUUGCAUGGUUUGAUGGACUUUGGUGCUGGUAAAUAUGAUGCGGAUGAGGUUUCGGCAGCCGGAGAAGCCCUCCUGUUUGUGGCUGUUGGAUUCCAAGGCCGGUGGAUAGUGCCUGUUGGCUACUUCCUCCUUGCCACCCUUAGAGGUGACAUACAAGCCCAGCUCCUAUGCCACUGUAUCCUCAAACUGUACGACAUUGGCGUGCAGGUGGUCUCUGUGACGUCUGAUGCCACAGCUCCCAAUAUUGAGACAGCCAGGCGGCUGGGAGUGGUGGUGGACGGCCUCUUUGUCAAGUCCACAUUUUUCCAUCCAGCUACUCCUACGCUGGAAAUAGCAUACUACUUCGAUCCCAGCCAUUUGUUGACGCUGAUCCACCGCUUGCUGCAAGCCGCCGGCAGCCUCCAGGUGAGCGGCAAGGCGGUCUGCUGGGAUUACCUCCUCCAUCUUGGGGCUCUGCAGGAAGAAGUAGUGCUCCAGGCGGCAUGCCAGGUCGGAGCGAUCAGCCCGCAGGAACAGCAGGUGUGGGGAAAUGGGGCCACGCAGUUGUUUAGCGAGGGCACGGUUCAGGCCUUGCAUUUCGCAGCGAGGCUCGGCCUGCCUCAAUUUCAGGGUCAUGAAGCCACCGCCCACUUUAUCGGGCUGCUGAGUGCCAUUUUUGACACAUGCAGCAGCUGCAGCAACUAUGGGAAAGGUUUCAAGGCACCCCUCUCCCGCGCUACUGCCAGCGCCCUCAACAACCUCUGCAACGAGUACGAGAACCUGCUUCGCAAACUCCGCACUGCCACCGGGGAGCUGGUAGGGCUGAGCAGGCAUCGAUGGGGCUUCAUUGGCUUCCUGGUGAACCUGCGCAGCUUUCAGUGGCUGGCGCAGACCCACCUACAGGCAGAAGACGAGCCCACCGCUUCUUUGCUGUCCUGUUGGUGGAGCCUGGACCCUCUGGAGUGGUGCAGGGGAGCCAUACAGCAAGCCCGUGGGCACAAAGGUGUUGGCCCCGCCUGGACCUUCCAGCGGGCGUACAGGGUUGUCUUGAACAGAGCUCUUUCUGGUCUGGGCCUCGAUCCACCAAACCUGCUUGACAUAUCCUUACGCAGAAGAACUAACCUCCAGUUGCAGGCUUCCUGGACUCUGGCUCGCGGGCAGAUCUGGCGCUUGCCUGGGGGCACUGGGCCUCCACGAGAGACACAGAGCAUAGCCCCAGCCUUUCUGGCCGAGUUGGAGGAAGACGCCAUCGCCUGCAUUUCCUGCGUUGUUUUGGGGAAGCUGCUGCCCCUCCUCUCCUGUGCCGAAUGCCGCGCUGCCCUCUUGUGCCCUUGUAAGGGUGUGCCUGCGGGCAGCGCCCUACUGUGCGUGGAGAGCAAGGGAAGAAAGUACCUCCCGGCAGAGUCCGUACAGAAGGUGAUCCGCCGAGCAAAGCAGGUUGUUGGCCUGCCUUCCUUGUUCCUUGGAGACUCCAGCCACCGCGGGUUCUUGGCGCGGCAGCUGGCCAUCUUGGCAGAUGUGAGUGAGGAGCCCAGUCUUUUCUCAUCCCUGGGCAACCACCUCUUUGAGAGCAACGCUGUGGUUUCCAACCAUUACGUCACUCUGCUGCAGGAGCUUGUGCGAACCUUCUUGGAACUGUGGCUUGAGGCAGGGCAAGGGCAGUUGUCCACGCCACCGACUCAUGAAUGUAGCAGCUCUUUGAAAGUGGCUAAUGGUAAACAGCAAACAGGGAAUGCAAAUGGCCCCAGCAGGGACUGGCCUCAGCAAACGCGUGGACUCAUGGAAUGGUACAUGCCUAUUUGAAGGUGGCGGGAAGCUGAAUGCUUAUGUUUACAUGGCCUUGUAAGAGAAGCGGUAGCUUAUGAUAUGCUGCAAGCUGGUAGAAAACUACGAGGCUGCUUUG